AUGAUCCCAGAGGUCCUUCCCACCUCAACCGUGGCGUGGUCCACGUUGCCCCCAGGCACCUCCACGGACGUGAGCCGCUACGCGGGCGCCUACGAGCACGUCUUCGAGGCCACCACGGCCGGCGUCAGCAUCCAGGCGCCCCAGCUGGACAUCAACACGGUGGCGGCCGGCGGCGGCUCCAUGCUCUUCUUCAGGUCCGGGCUCUUCGUGGUCGGCCCUGAGUCGGCGGGAGCCGAUCCGGGCCCGGCGUGUUACCGGAAAGGGGGCCCGCUCACCGUCACCGACGCCAACCUGUGCCUGGGCCGCCUGCUGCCCGAGUUCUUCCCGCGCAUCUUCGGGCCGCACGAGGACCAGCCGCUGAGCCGCGAGGCCACGCUGCAGGCCUUCGCCGACAUGGCCGCCCAAGUCAACGCCGCCGGCACCGCGCUCUCCAUCGAGGAGGUGGCCAUGGGCUUCAUCCGCGUGGCCAACGAGGCCAUGUGCCGGCCCAUCCGCGCGCUCACGCAG